AUGGAUAUAACACAAAUAAAAAAAGAUACUAUAUUUUCAAAUUUUUAUUUAAAAAACUAUAGUUUAACAAUUGAUUUCUCCGAUUUUAAUAAUGAAUGUGAAAAAACAAAAUUUAUAGAGGACCCAUAUGGAAUGAUCAAAAAUAUAAAAAAAGAAAUUAAUUAUAUGUUGAAUAAAACAAUAGAGUCUGAUAAUGAUUAUGAUUUCAAAAUCUAUUUUUCUGAUAAAAAAUUUUUAUUAGAUACAGUCCCAUUCAAAUUUAUUAAUAAUAAAAAUAAAAAUUUGGUUUCAACAACAGGUAUUGUAAUUUAUAAAAAAGAAAGAAUAGCCUUACAAGAAGGAGUUUUAAAAUGUAGAGGCUGUGGUAAUUCUGUCAAAAUUUACAAAAAAAUACCAAAUUUGAAUAAAUGCAAUUCUUUUGACACAUGUCCAAAAAAUAAUCCUUAUAUUUUAAGAGAAGAUAAAUAUUAUUCGGAAACCCAAUUAAAAAUUCAAGAGUUUGAUUUAAAUAAUAAUUUUGUUCCAAACAAUUUAUAUUUAAUAUUUGACUAUGAUACAGAAAUUAAAGUCGGUUUUCAAAUUAAUGUUAUAGGGGUUUUAGAUGAUCAACAAAAAAAUAAAACAUUAAAUGUAUUAGGGUUUUCGGUAAAUUCGAACGAUAUUAGUUAUUCAUUUGAAAAAAGCGAAGUUGAAUUAUUUUUAAAUAUCUCUAAAAACAAAAAAUUGGAAGAAAUUUUAGUUAAUUCAAUUGCUCCAGAAGUUUUUGGAUUAGAAGAUGCCAAAAAAUCAAUUUUAUGCGUUUUGUUUGGUGGUACUCCAAAAACCAAUGAAAAAACAAAAUUGCGUGGUGAUAUCCAUGCUUAUUUUGUAGGACCUCCUGGAACUGCCAAAUCACAGUUGUCUAAUUUUGUUAAAAAUGUAUCUCCAAUUUCCUAUUAUACGGUUUCAAAAGGAAAUACUAAAGCUGGUUUAACAGCAUCAGUUAUUAAAAGUAAAGAAACUGGUGAAUUUUAUGUUGAAGCAGGUGCUUUAGUUCUUGCAGACGGAGGUGUUUUAUGUAUUGAUGAAUUUGAUAAAAUGGAUAAAAAAGAUAGAGGAAGUAUUCACGAAGCAAUGGAACAACAAUCAAUUAUCAUUUCAAAAUCAGGAAUUAAAAGUUAUUUAAAUUGUCGAACAUCAUUAUUUGCCACUGGUAAUUAUAGUAAAGAUACAUUUGGAAUUGAAACAUCAUUAUUAUCUCGUUUUGAUAUAAUUUUAAAUAUAAAUAAUAAUAAUAAUAAUGAUCAAAGUAAUGACGAGUUUAUAAAAAAUAUUUUUAAACAUCACAAAGAAUCAAAAAAUAAUAUUGAUCAAAAAAAAUCAAAAAAUUAUAUUAUUAACGAAAAUGAUGAUAUGUUUUAUAAAGAUGGUCAAAUAGAAAAAAUAUCUCCUUUAUUUUUAAAAAAAUAUAUAUCUUAUUGUAAAUGCAAAUAUUUCCCAAUUUUUUCAAGUGAUGAAGCUAAAAAUCAUUUAAAAGAUUUUUUUGUAAAAAUAAGAAACCCAGAUAGCAGCAGUAGCAGCAGGACAAAAAGACAUCGUGUGAAGGAUAAUAAUAAUAAUAUUGUAAUAACAUAUCGUCAAUUAGAAACUUUAAUACGAAUUUCAGAAUCGCAAGCAAAAAUGCACUGUAGAAAUGUAGUUGAAAAAAUAGAUGUGGAAAAAGCAAUUAAAAUUUUUUCUGCAACUACUCUAAAUUGUUAUAAAAAUAUUUAAUAUUUAUAUAUUUUAUUAUAAAAUUCUUUUUUAAUAAAUUUUUUUUUUAAACCUUCUAUUCUUUU